AAUUCAGCUGAAUGCUUGUCCUUUUUGCUUUGUAGCUUGGCACCGUUAUAUAUGCCCAUGGAUGCUGGACAUGUUCAAAGAAACCUGAAUAUGAUCAUUUACUGAAAAGAGAUACAGAAGAGUUUAAUAAAUUGAUAACCUCAAUAUCUUCCGAAACAAACAAAAUCAAGGGUACCAUAAAGUUGCAGAGUCAUCAGGAGCAGGAGGAGACUGAGCAAAAGGCUGGAUUUUGGGGAUAUCUAAUGCAAGCUAUUUAUCAGACUUGUGCAGGUGCUGUACUGCUCACAGGCAUUGUCUUUUGGUUUAUUAUAGUUCCAUUUUUGUCAACUGAAACUUUUAGACUUAACCUGUUGAUGGGGUGCAUGCAUACUCUCAAUGUUGUUUUUCUUCUCCUUGACACCACUCUUAACAGACUCAUAAGUAUCCCUUCCCUUGGUUCCGAUUUGCGUAUUUUGUGCUUUGGAGCUGUAUCUAUAUCACUUUUCAGUGGAUUCUUCAUGCCUGCGGCUUUACAUGGUGGCCUUAUGCUUUCCUUGAGCUCUCUACUCCAUGGGCACCACUAUGGUAUUUCAGCUUGGCUGUGAUUCACAUUCCUUGUUAUGGUAUAUAUGCACUAAUUGUAAAAGCCAAAAAUGCAACUUUCUCUUAGUUCUUCCCAUACACAUACAUAAGGCCAAAUUAGUUUCUUGAUU